UGCUUGUUUGUUGGCAACAUGACGAAGCUGCUCCCAGCGGGCGCGCUUCAUUCACAAAACGCAGUUGGCGCGCGGCAGGCAGACAAAGUGGACGUGGAAGUCACAGCCACCCGGUGCAGAGCCCGAGCUGGAAACGGGAACCUGAGGCGGCGAGGCGGAGGAUCCUGGCACCUGGCCAUAACAAUUGCAAAUUAGCUGCAAGUGAAAGUUGACGUCAACUCAAGUGGCAGCCGGCGCUGGUUCGUGACUGGAUUUUGCUUUCGAUCGGGAUUUCGGCCCAGCUUGUGGGUUCGGCGCCUUUGUUGACAAAGUUAUUGGCUGGGCUAUUGCCUAAUGGCAAAGUAAUUGAUUUGCAUUCGAUGUGGAUGCGGCAAUUGAUUCUCUGCCGAAACGUUCGCACAGCAGUUGGCUUUCAGCCCUCAAACGGAAUACCACACACUCCUCCUGGCCAUGUCGUUGUCCGUGGCAAGCCGCCGUCGCUACCAGACGACAACAACGUCGACGUCGUCGUCGACGUCAACGGCGACUGCGUCGUUGGCCGUGCGCAAGCAGCAUUCCCUGAUGGAGCCGGCCAGCCACGCCCAUGGGGUAAGCAGAUAUUCAGCCCAGCAGCGCGGUUAUUUGACGCGCGGCCUCUCCGUCGGCCGCUCCAUUGAGAACAUCCGCCAGAAGCUGUACGCGCCCAGCCCGGCGGUCCGCCUGAGUCGCCAGACAUCGCUGGCCCUUGACGAAACCGCGGCCAGAAUGGCGGGCCGGCUGACGCCCUCACAGGCAGACCUUGGCAUUCGAUUGAGGGACAAAAGCCUGGUGGCCUGGUCAUCAACAUCCUCACUGCAGAAGACGCCGCUGGCCGGUGACGGUGGCCAGAAGCAGCGGCUGCCGGAGGAGCAGAAGGAAGCCCAAACAGAGACAGAAAACGCCAAGGCGGACAAGAAUCGCAUCAAUCUCAAUAUUGUGCUGGCGCAGACAAUACGCGCCACCAACGAGCAGGAGCCCAGCCACAGCGACAUUGACAGCGCCACGGAGUGCAGCGAGCUGGUCAAGGAGCAGAGCACAGCAGCUAAGCCGACCACGAGUCCAGCUGCCACUGAGGAGAACGUCGCGUCCGCUUUGACCGUUCAGCGGCGUCCGCCCUUGGUGCGUGCCAUGUCCGCUCCGGUGCGCAUGGACGAGAGCAGCAAGAGCUCACUUGGCGCCGCCAGCAAGCGCAGCCAGCAGAAGCUGCGUAGGCGCAAGAUCUUCACGCGUGCCACCUCCUCGGUGGCCUCGGUGCCGCCCGAUGCCAGCCCCAUGCUGAGCACCGAUGCCAGCGGCUCCAGCAAGAAAGCCCUCAGUCGCACGCGCAGUGUCAUUGCGCCGGAUGUUAUUACCCUGGUGUCGCUGCUGAGCUCCGAGGGCAGCGACUCGGAGCGUGAGGAGAACUCCUGCGCCUCCAGCGAGAAACAGCCGCCGGCGACAUCGCAGCGCAGUCCGCAGCGACGGGCGCCUCUGCUGCGCAAAACGGGCAAAUCGGUCUCGUUUCAAGACAGCUAUCCGCCCACCUUUCAACUGGCCUCCAAGGAGUACUCGCACAUGAUCAGGCGCGGAUCGAUUGCCCCGCUGGCAGCGCGCAUUCGGGCCAAUCGACCCCCGACCGCGCCGCCCGUCUCCAUUUUCCUCAGUGAGCCUGGCAGCAAGUCGGGCAUUCAGAUGGAGUCGCGUCAACGACAGCAGCAGCAGCAGCUGCUGGCAGACGCAUCCGGCUCAACUUCGGAGGAGGACAAGAAGGAGAACAACGCGGCCAACUGUAAUGUACAGCAGCAGCAGCAGCAGCAGCAGCAGGAAUACAAUUUCCCGCUGUACGUGUGCAGCAUCAAGGAGCGCGAGUGCUGGAAGCUGCAUCAGAAGAUGUGCGCCAAGGGCGUAAGUGUCAGCUAUGAUACCGUGCUGCGAGGCAUGUUGACGCCCACGGAAUUCCGCCAGUUCCAAAAGCAGCGCGAGCACGAGGAGGCCAGGGCCCAGGAGGCCGCCGAUGCGAAGGCCGAGGCUGAGGCUGCCGUAGCUGGCGAGAAGGAAGUCAAGAAGACGCCAACAACGGCCAUCGAACGCCUGUCCGAGUCCUUGCUGCAGCGAGAGUGAGAGUGAGAGGCACGGCAGAGUGGACACGGCCGAGGACAGGACCAAGUUAUGCAUUUGCCCUAAUAAAACCCAUUCAAGCCCCGCCCACGGGCAGAUCUUCAUACGUAGCAGUAGAGCGCACUCGUUAAACAGCCUCGCACCCAGCUGAGUCACAAUCUCCGGAUGCAUCCUCGUAGUUGUAGUUGAACUAGAGUAUCGGGAAUCCGUGCUUGAAGACGCUGUGCUGGCCAAUCGCAACUGAAAUUAGCUGAAAACAAU